AUGGUUCCCAACGCCCACGAAUUUCCCCUACAAGUCAUCGCGGUUCCUUACCAAUACCAGCUUCGGGACAGCGAUGAAGAACAAAUGGUUAUGAACUCGGAGAUGAGCUUGUUUCAAAGCAACGGCGUGGGGCAUAAGGUCAACAAGCGUGAAGCAGACAGUGAGCCCGAACUACAGUACGACCACAAGCGAUUCAAGUCUGGCCAAAAAUCCUACAACGGCGACGAGCUCGUUAGAACACCCAGUGUGGAUGAAUCGCUAAAAUAUGAUAUGGACAACGACAUAAAAGAGGCGGUCUCGCGAUCAAGUACAUCUUUACAAGGUCAUCACGGCGAAGUGGGCUUGGAAGACUCCCCGGCGUCAGAAGCUCCGGUCGUUACAAGUCAUACGAGCACCACAGGCACUGCCAAUCCGUCUUUGGCGACAGGCGCUCCAAGCGACGACGGGUUGCCCCUUUCACCAAUAGCAUCGCCCAGCAACACCGCCUCGGCUGACGAGCUGUAUAUGCUUCGCGAUAGUGUUUCCCAGCACGACUAUCUCGCUACCGUCGCAAAUGCGGCCCACAAACAACUAUCGCCUGCUGGGUACAGAAACCUUGUGUUCCAACUCAUUAGCAAACUAUCUCGAAGCGAGCUUUCCGACUUAGGCACACUCGUUAAGGACAACCUGAAUCGCGAUUUCAUCAGCUCAUUACCCGUUGAAGUGGCCAUGAACAUUUUGACAAAUUUACGAUUCGAAGAUAUUGCCAAGUGUCUUUCUGUCAGCAAAACUUGGAACAAUUUGAUCAACAAUACACCUUAUCUGUGGCGCAAGCUAAUGGUAAGCGAAGGUUUCAUGUCUCUUGACGAGUUUAAAAAAGAUUACCACGAGUCUUCAGACCCAACAAAGCUUUCCAGAGCUGAAAACCAGGUUCGGAUCGACUUUCUUCAAAACUAUACCUAUCUGAACAACUGCUAUAGCGUGAAUUUCAAACCGCACCGCACUACACUACGGGGGCACUCCGUAAAGAUCGUUACAUGUCUCCAGUUUGAAGACGACUAUGUCAUCACUGGAGCAGACGAUAAAGUGAUACGAGUUUAUGAUGCCAACGAGGAGCGUUUCAUUACCCAACUGAGCGGCCACGAUGGAGGUGUGUGGGCACUGAAGUAUGGCCAAGACGGCAUUUUGGUUAGCGGGUCCACGGACCGCAGUGUGCGCGUAUGGAAUAUCAAAGAGGGCAAGUGCACGCAUGUUUUCAAGGGCCACACAUCGACUGUGAGGUGCUUAGACAUUGUGGAGCACAAAGGAGAGAAAUUUAUCAUCACCGGCUCGAGAGACCAUACUCUACACGUUUGGAAGCUACCGAAUCAUCGCUCUUCGAGCUACAAUCCUCACAACUGUGAAGUCUACAACACCACGGACUCAAAUCCGUAUUUUGUGGGCAUUUUAAGAGGACACAUGGCAGCUGUGCGCACAGUUUCGGGCCACGGAAACAUCGUCAUUAGCGGCUCGUACGAUUUCAAUUUGAUGGUGUGGGACAUCGCCCAGAUGAAAUGUCUUUACGUUUUGACGGGCCACACAGAUCGCAUUUACUCGACCAUCUACGAUCACGAGCGGAACAGAUGCGUGUCGGCUGGCAUGGAUUGCACUGUUAGGGUCUGGGAUCUCUCGGACGUGCAAAAAAAUGGGCAAUGCAACGUUAUUGGCUCGGCCAACGCAGGCUGCGUCAAAGUGACCGGUUCCAUGGUCACUCUUCAUGGCCACACAGCGCUCGUGGGCCUGCUGGGUCUUUCAGACAAGUAUCUGGUGAGCGCGGGCGCCGAUGGCAUGCUUCGCGGCUGGGACUCCAACAAUUACUCCCGCCACUUUGCGUAUCAUUCCAAAGACAUGAGCGCGAUCACCACUUUUUACGCCAACAACAAUUUACUGGUGAGCGGGAGCGAGGGCCAAUUCAACGUCUACAACCUCAGGAAUGGCACGGCUAUUCAUUCAGAUCUGCUGAGUGAUGCAGACCAAGUGUGGUCCGUAAAGUUCAACAACAGGAAGUUUGUUGCAGCUGUCGAACGUGACGGGCAUAGUUUCCUAGAGUUUCUAGAUUUUGGCAGGCCUCAAGACAAAGAAAGUGAAACAACACGCACUCCAGAUCAAGUUCAGUGA